CUAUCUAAAAGUACACGUAUGUUUACAGUUUAAAGUUAACGUUUUUUUCAAAGACAGGGAUGAUUUACUGGUAUAAUGCUACGGCCGUGCGCGUGCAUGCACAGAAACGGAAAUUGAAAAUUCUUUGAGCACGUGAGUAAAAUCCGUGGCUCCCGUGACUGGUACUUUUAGUCAUGGCCGACGACUACAGACGACAAGGUUUCGAGUUGGAGAGAAGAAUAUUUGAGUUAGACAUCAAGUGUUCGAGUCUCAGAGCUGAAAAGCAAGAUGAUGACUAUUUACAGAAUGCAUCUGCCAUACUAGACAAGUUGAAAAGCUUUUACAGACAAGGAGGAGAGAGUAGCAACCUAUCCAAGCUGCUGCAGGAUUACACACAGGUGAUUCUAGACAUCACUUUUUAUGAAGAGAAUAAACUGGUGGACCAGGAGUUCCCUGAGGACUGUUCACCAUUUAAAAUUCAGCAGCUUCUUCAAGAUCUGACUGAACCUGAAGUUUUGGCAGCACGGCUUGCACCAGCACAAGAGGUGCAGUCUGUGUUGGGUUUAGAGCUGUUAGAAUGUCUCUACUGGAGACGUGGAGCUCUGCUGUAUAUGUACUGUCAUACCCUUCAUCAGCGAAAACAAUGGAUCAAGAAAAACAAGGAAACAUUCCUUAAGUGUAUUCAGGAAGGUGUGCGAUACCUGAUGCGGAUGCUGCAGGUGAGAAAUUCUGUGAAGCUCAAUGAUGGUGUGGUGCUACAUGACACUGCUACAGCAAACAUCUUAUCUGAAGGCAUUUUCUCAGACACACACCUGUUGACAAUGAUGUACAUUGGCGAAAUGUGUUUCUGGGCAGUCAAGUAUGAGGACUGCAGCGCUGACACUACGGAGCACAAAGAAGAUCGCCUCCAGUUUCGGGACAUUGGCACACAGAUCCUCAACAAAUAUGUGCUUGCCUGUGAGGGCCCUCUCCAAGGCCAGGGCUGGAACACAGAGAAUGCCAAGGAAAUCCUCAGUAUUUUACAGUGAAAAAUAUAGCUUCUCUGUUAAAAUUGCCCUCAGGAACAGAUCAAAGUUCAAUAUUCAAAUGUGUCAAUCCCAAAUAAAAAUGGAGCCCAUCGGAUGGGGUGCAGUCUUGUGAAAGUUUAUGGGGAGGCACAGGGAGAGAGUGAAUGUGAAGAAAGGAGAUGCUGGAUCAGUGUCUACAGGCAACCUAAUCCUAUGCCAAACAGCCCAGGCCAAAGCAGAUGAAUGAGAAGUUAGAGUAUAAGACAAGCAUUGUAAUAGGGCUGCACAAGAGGCUGUUGAAUAAUUAUUUGCCCUGGCCUGCUGAAAAAGCAGUGGCCACUCUGAUUCCAGACUGUUGAUUGGGGCACUUGUUUUGCUCUAAGAAUGUGUCACAAUAGCAUUAAUAUUACUAAAGAGGUUAUGAAUAAUAAAAAAGAAAAAUUGACCUUUCAUUUUAAGAUUGUAACAAGUUUAAAGAUAAUACAGCUGGAAAUGAGACAUUGCACAUUAACAUUUAUUUAUUGUUUUGUUGCCAUUUUUGUUAUGCUUUUAAUAUAUUAAAAUAGCAUAUGCAUUAUUUGAAUUUGUGUAUAAAGUAUACACACAGAAGGCAAAGAAAGGUGUUCGAACUGUUUGUCAGUGACGUAUUAAUGACCAAUUCAAAGUAUGUUCAGGUUUGUUCAUACCAGCUUUGUAAUGCACCACUUGUAUUUUCAUCUAUUGCAACUUCCAUUUUUCUGCAACUUGAAUAACAUUGAUAGUGUAACUAUUAAUAGAGAAACUGUGUUGUUUGGGCAAAAAAAAAUCUAUCAUUUUGUUUGUUUUAUGUCCUUGUUGACAAUAAACGUGCUUUGUUUUAAGAAAA